GCAAAGGUAUCUGAAAUUUAUUGGACACUGCUGUCUUUGUCAGUGUAACUAUUACAGCUAUAGCAUAUGCCUUGAGGUAAUGAGGAGGUUUUUGUUACUCUAUGCUACACAACGAGGACAAGCAAAGGCCAUAGCCGAAGAGAUAAGUGAAAAAGCAGUUACGUAUGGUUUUUCUGCAGAUCUCCACUGUAUUAGUGAGUCGGAUAAGUAUGAUCUGAAAACUGAAACAGCCCCUCUUGUGAUGGUGGUUUCUACCACGGGCAACGGAGACCCGCCUGACACAGCCCGCAAGUUUGUUAAAGCCAUACAGGACAAGACGCUGCCGCCUGACUUCCUGGCUCACCUGCGGUACGGAUUACUAGGUCUGGGUGAUUCAGAAUACACGUACUUCUGUAACGGGGGGAAGGUAAUUGAUAAACGCCUUCAGGAGCUUGGAGCCCAGCGUUUCUACGACACUGGCCACGCGGAUGACUGUGUAGGUUUAGAACUUGUGGUUGAGCCAUGGAUUAAUGGACUCUGGGCCGCCCUCGAGAAGCUUUUUCUGUUGAACAGAGGAAGAGGGGACAUGAGUGAAACUCUCACAAUGGCAUCUCAUGCCUCCCAGAGGACAGACCCCAUGACGCCGGAAUUAUUACACGUGGAAUCACAAGUUGGACUUCUGAGAUUAGAUGAUUCUGGAGGAAAGGCUGCUGAAGUUUUGGAACAAAAUGCAGUGAACAGUGGUCAGUCAAGUACUUUGAUUGCAGACUUUGAGGCCUCACUUACCCGUUCAGUACCCCCACUUUCACAAGCCUCUCUGAAUAUUCCCUCUUUACCACCGGAAUAUUUAGAGGUGCAUCUGGAGGAGGCCCUUGGCCAGGAGGAAAGCCACGCACCUGUGAGUUCGGCGGAUCCAGUGUUUCACGUUCCAAUUUCAAAGGCAGUUCAGCUGACUGCAAAUGAUGCCGUAAAAACCACUCUUCUGAUAGAAUUGGACAUCUCGAAAACAGAUUUUUCCUACCAGCCUGGAGAUGCCUUCAACGUGAUCUGUCCCAACAGCGACUCUGAAGUGCAGUUCCUGCUGCAGAGACUGCAGCUCGCAGACAGGAGAGAGCACCGUGUCGCCAUGACGAUUAAGGCAGACACGAGGAAGAAAGGCGCAGCCUUGCCCCAUCACGUACCUGAGAGGUGUUCUCUCCAGUUCCUUCUCACCUGGUGCCUCGAAAUACGAGCCGUUCCCAAGAAGGCAUUCCUGCGCGCCCUUGUGGACCACACAGGCGACAGUGUGGAGAGGCGGCGGCUGCAGGAGCUGUGCAGCCGGCAGGGGGCGGCCGACUACUCCCGCUUCGUCAGGGACGCCGGCGCCUGCCUGUCCGACCUGCUGCGGGCCUUCCCGUCCUGCCAGCCUCCGCUCGGCCUCCUGCUCGAACAUCUUCCUAAGCUCCAACCCAGACUAUACUCGUGUGCAAGCUCAAGUCUAUUUCACCCAGGGAAGCUUCAUUUCAUUUUUAACAUCGUGGAGUUUUUGUCUAACACCACGGAGGUGGUUCUUCGGAGAGGCGUGUGCACGGGCUGGCUGGCCACCUUGGUUGAAUCAAUUCUUCAGCCGUACACGUGUACAAACCGUGCAGAUGGCAAGAAAGCCCUGGCUCCCAAGAUACUCAUUUCUCCUCGAACAACAAACUCUUUCCACUUACCAAAUGACCCUUCAGUCCCCAUCAUAAUGGUGGGUCCAGGAGCGGGUGUGGCCCCCUUCAUUGGCUUCCUGCAACACAGAGAGAAGCUCCGGGAACGACACGCAGGGGGCCGCUUUGGAGCCACGUGGCUGUUCUUUGGCUGCCGACACAAGGAGAGGGAUUAUUUGUUCAGAGACGAGCUCAGACACUUCCUUAAGUGUGGAGUGCUCACUCACUUGGAAGUCUCCUUCUCAAGAGAUGCUGCUGUCGGGGAGGAGGAAGGCCCAGCCAGAUAUGUGCAAGACAGCCUCCAGCGUCACAGCAAGCAGGUGGUGGGGGUCCUCCUCCGGGAGAGCGGUUACAUCUACGUGUGUGGAGAUGCCAAGAAUAUGGCCAAGGAUGUCCACGAUGCCCUUGUGGAAAUAAUAAGCAGAGAGACUGGAGCUGAAAAACUAGAGGCCAUGAAAACGUUGGCCACUUUAAAAGAAGAAAAGCGGUAUCUUCAGGAUAUUUGGUGAUAAACCUAGAAAGCAAAAGAAGAGAACUAAGGUUUUUUUUUGGCUGAAAGUACUAACAUGAAACUUGACUUGAAGCUUGGGACUUUCAACGUUUAAAUUAAAAAAAUUUUUUUUUUCCAACAUUUCUUGGAGGAGGUGGGGUGGGUUGUGAACUGUUUUAACUAUACAGGAAACUUUCAAUUCAGGUUUCCAUACCUCCAUACCUCCCCUCUCCCCAAACCACCCUGAGCGGAAAGGCGGCCCUGACUCCUCCACCAGCACCUCCCAGGCUACCUCCACAUCCUGGAGAAUUUUUGCAGGGACGUCGACCAGCUCACUGGGAUUCUCUGUUGGUGCGUGUGAGGGCUUCUCAGCGCAGAAUGUGAGCAUGGGAGCUGACCUGGUAGGUGGUCAGGUCUUGUGAACU